AUGGCGUAUGUAGAUGGUAAUGAGGCUGGAAGAGAUCACUUGUGGUUUCUUGACUCUGGGUGUAGUAAUCAUAUGUGUGGGAAAAGAGAGUUAUUCUCACAAUUUGAAAACAAUUUCAGAGAGAAAGUGAAGCUAGGCAAUGAUAUGAGUCUCACUGUGCAAGGGACGGGCAACAUUCGAAUGGAGAUAAAUGGGAUUGUGCAGGUGAUUACUGAAGUUUUCUUUGCGCCAGAGUUGAAGAACAAUUUACUAAGCAUUGAUCAAUUGCAAGAGAAAGGUCUUGCAGUGCUCAUGCAACAUAGAAAGUGCAAGAUUUAUCAUCCUGAAAAAAGUCAUAAGGAAAAUAUUUUGGCUGAUUUGGAAUGGGAGGAAGAUGAAGAUGCAGGGACAAAUGAAAGCCUUGGGGAGGAAACUGAUGCAAACAUCACUCUUGAACAUGAACUUGAAAAUAUAGGAUACGUUCCAAGUGACUUACUCGAAAAGGGAGAGUCUUCAAGUGAUGGCAGUCCUUUUCAUGGAGGAUGA